CGCACCAUGACACUGGCAGCUAGCCUAGCCGGGCUAACUUAGCUAAUCUGAUUUAUCGUCUCAGUUAAGCGCACCGAACGUUAGUCAGGAUUACCACAUUUAGUUCUCUGUAUAUUUCUUGUAGGGGGAAAUCUAUCUAAGCUCGAAUAGACUUUCAUUUAGAAAAUGGCAUCACUUGGGGAGCCUGUGCGACUGGAAAGAGAUAUUAACCGUGCAAUUGAACUGCUUGAUAAGCUGCAGAGGACAGGAGAAGUGCCUCCUCAGAAGCUGCAGGCUCUGCAGAGAGUCUUACAGAGUGAAUUCUGUAAUGCUGUCAGAGAAGUUUAUGAACAUGUUUAUGAAACAGUGGACAUCAACAGCAGUCCUGAAGUGAGGGCCAAUGCCACAGCUAAGGCUACAGUGGCUGCUUUUGCAGCAAGUGAAGGACACUCACAUCCACGCGUUGUGGAGCUGCCUAAGACGGAAGAGGGACUGGGCUUCAAUAUAAUGGGUGGAAAGGAACAAAACUCACCUAUUUACAUCUCACGGAUCAUCCCUGGAGGCAUCGCUGACCGACAUGGAGGCCUGAAAAGAGGCGACCAGCUUCUCUCUGUUAACGGGGUGAGUGUGGAAGGUGAGCACCAUGAGAAAGCUGUGGAGCUCCUCAAAGCUGCUCAGGGCACAGUGAAGCUGGUAGUAAGGUACACCCCCAAAGUCCUCGAGGAAAUGGAGUCACGCUUUGAGAAAAUGAGGUCAGCGAAGCGCCGGCAACAGAACAGCUAUCCCCAGUAGGAUUUUUUUUUUUUUCUUUCUUUUUUUUUCCAUGUUGAUGCCCAGCUCCCAUGUCCCUUCUCCUCUCUAGCCUUCUCUGGCCAUCUGUUCUGGUCUCUUUCUUAUCUCCUUGCACAAAAAAAAAAAAAAAAAAAUUUUAGUUGUGGUUCCUACUCUAACAUAUUGUAUAUUGUGCUUCUAACCUCCUCUGUAGCAUUUUUAAUAUUUGCCAUCGUUACUGUACCAGACACUAAACUCUAGAUGAACACUAGAAUGAUCAUGAUUGUCAGCGAGUCACACAUUGUGCUUUACUUUUGAGUUGACUAUUUGAAUGCAACUUUGAGUACUUUUGAGACUUAAAUGUAUGACUCCUUUGACAAGAACGGUAGUGUUUUUAAUUGUUUUAUCACAGCCACUACCAAGUGCCUCAGGGCAAACACACUGAUCUUAUGUACUGUGUCAACUAACCUUGUUUUCUUUUAAUGGUUUAAGGUCUAGUACUGAUGAUUAAAUGCUUGUGACAAGAACUAUUCAUACUUUGCAUAUGUCCGUCAAAAAGUUCUUUUGAUUUGUUAUAAAUGCAUGGUAGUGAAAUAUAAAACCAUUUAAUUGUGCAAACUUUAAAAAAAUGCUGUUUUAUUGAAUUUUUUUUUCUUUUUUUUGCCUCUCAAAAAGCAUGUCCAGAAAAAGGAGGCUUUCGAGGAGUCGAUGACAGUUUAUAUGAAUUAGUAACAGACUAGAUGUUCAGUUACAAGUGUAACGUCUGUAAACUAACUUAAAAAAUUAUGCUAAUUUUUAGGUUCUUCUCUGGGUUUAGCUUUUGUGUUUUCCAAAAUCAUGCAGUGCUAUAAAAAGCCCAACAGUGAGUGUAAGUGAUGUAAUGGGGUCUCAGCAACUCAAGAAUUAAAUCAGUGCCACCAGAGAGACUCAGAUCUUUAGAGUAAGGAUCUCAUUUAAAUUAGCUGAAAUACAGUUUGUUUUUUUAUUCUUUUUUUUUUAAUUGGGCAGUUUAUAUCAUCAUCAACAACUUGACUAAGUUUUUAUGAAGUUUUUGUUUUUCUAAAAUCAAUGCAGGCUUAAGAAAACAAAUCCAUUACACUUACGCUUUAGUUAAAUUUCUGUCAGGAAUUUGCACCUUAACCAGGUGCUUUUGUUAGCCAUCUAUGAACAAGUCUGGUUGGAUAUUUCACCGCUCUUUUUGGCAGAAUUGGUAGAGUUCAGUAAAACUUGUUGGUCUCCUGAGAUGGACCUAACCUUUAAGCACAGCCCACAUAUUGUCCACAGGGUUGAGAGAAUUGCUUUGGUAAUUUCCAGAUGCUAAUGUUAUGCUGCGUUGUCUAAUAUCAAGGGAUAGACACCAUUUGAUGUGUGUUUGGCUCCAUAUUUCUGUCUGAAAACCAGACCGUGUUUUAGUUUUAGCUGUGUAGGUGAUGGUAUGAGUUUAAAGCUGAAGAAUUCUAAACUAAACCUUUUUCUUUUUGGUGCUGUUGGUGCAAAAACACCCCCAGAGAAUAAUGCUGCCACAACUAUAUUUGGCAAUUAGUGUAGUGUGCUGAUUCUCUAAAUGUACCUGUCGUCGUGGACGGACAACUCCAUUUUCAUCUGACCCUGACACUUGUUGAGAGUCAGCUACAAACCUUAGUCAAGCUUGAAGGGGUUAUUUGGGGGUGAAGACUUCUUCAUGGAUAGUUGUCUCUCAAUUUAUUUGAUGUAACUUAGAGAUGGUUUGACAUUUUGGGUCUCCCUGACCUUGGCAGACUGGUCACACCUCCCAAUAACUUGUAUGCACAUAAUGUUCUUUUGGUCUUAAGAUGUUGGGAUCUGCAGACUUUUGUUGACGAGGAAAAGAAUGAAACAACAUCUUGAGGCUAAAACAGAAGCUUUCAGCUCCAAUCCAUCACUAUCAUUAACAGGAAGUUAAAAGGCUUUACUAAGUUAACAUUGAGACACUUUGAUGAUCUGAAAACUACAAAAUGGAUAAUUUAGGUGGGUUUCUGAGCAUUUUUGACCCUGACCUGAAUUCAUAAAAACCUAAAGGACAUUGAAUCACUGCAUGUAAACUUCCAUCUGACGGUGUAAAGUACAAUGCUUUGAAAAUUCAGUCAUUAACAAUUAAGUUAAAUCUGGUAAUAUUAGAGCCAUGAUUAUGUCAAAAAAAGUAAAUAGGCCACAGUAUUGCCCAAAGUCAACUUUAAUCACUCUCAAAAAGAACGAAUUUACAGAUAUUACUACGAAUACUGUGUUAAGCUUCUACAUACUGAUACCGAAUUUACCGAGUAGAGUUUAUGGAGUUAUGCUGUAAAUCCUUUGCGUUGUUUCAUUUAUGUGUAUUUUUUACAUAUUUUUUUCAACACAAAUGUCUGAAAACAUUCACUUCAUUUGUUUUUUUAAUCAUCUUGAAGAUCAGUUAUAUUGUAAAGGACUUGGAUUAAAGACAAGACUACACAGGUGCUAGCAUAAGAUGUUUAUAAAUUUAAAUAUUCAUUUAUUUCUAAAAUGAUUAAUUAAAGCAUACAUAAAUAAUUUUGAGCAAUAAUUUAAAUCUCCUGAUCUGUACCAUCGCUAUUUCCCCUCUUCAUGAUUAACAAAUGUCAUUACACCAUUAAAAUCCUAAUUUUAGUCAAACACGUGGUACUUGUAUGUAAUUUACAAAUAACCGAUCAUGUUAAAAUGGUGGUAUUUUCUUCUUGACUACUGCCAAACAGCCACGUCUGCUCUUGUGUCUGUUUCUGAGCAGAAUAAUCUCAAAACGCUUACAAUAAUUUCCACUAUGGUGAACACACACUUUUAUAUCCCUACACAUGAUGCAUGUUUGGAUAACAUAUUAGUCCUCAUAUGAUAAGAAAAUGUCUUAUGUUGUCAGUUAUUAGUCUUAGAUAAACUUUCCCCUAUUGAGAAGCUUAAAUCCAGCUCUUGGACAUGCAUCAGACAAGUCUGCUAGUCUUUACUUUUAAAUCAUCUACAUAAAUGAGCAUUUAGAGACUUUUCAUGCUCGUCCAGUGAAGAGAAAUGUUUUAAUUAUUAAACAUGUUUUUUAGAAACCUUUCCAGUGUUUGACUAUAUUAAACUAUCUCUUAAAUAAAUUUAUUAAUGGAAAUUUAGUCACAAUUUUGUCUUUAUUUAUUUUCUGCGGUUAGGUUAAGUUAUGUGCGUUUCAUGUUAUAAACAAUGUAUAGGCCGAUAAAGCCAUACUAUAGUCUGGUCUCAGGAUCAUUUUGCAUCAUUGAGGUACUAAGCAGAUAAUAAUAAUAAUGCAGAUAACUGUUAUUAAUGUAAAUUAAAUAGAAAUGAGAUGGUGGAUAAAGUAACUUUAUAAUUAUGGUUUCUAUUCGUGUCCUCUGAUCUUGGUGCUUUCUUCAGAAAUGAAUCCUUUUGAAUGAAAAAAGUACUUUUAAGUUUUGUCACAGCAUCAUAACAAAUGAUUAAACUAUUAAAUGUGCCACUAAAUCUUUGGUAUAUUCUUAAUUUUUAUUAAAUUUUCAUGUAGUGCUGUAAUAGACAUGACAUUAAGCCUACUUGCAUAGUUUGGAACCCAAGGAAUCUUAAAUUUGGCACAGUUUGGUGUUUUUUUAAUCAUAUACACCAGAGCUGUAUUGGGGAAUAUAUGGAAGUGUAUUUAUUUGCUUUCAGCAAUCUACAUUAAAAUGUGUCACUAAGUAGUACGUCCGUAUGCCUGUCACAGCUUUGGGUACAUCGGUCAAAAAUAAUGUCAUAGCAAAGUUAAAGCGGGGUAUCAGACAUCAAUCUGUAACAACCGGACUUUUAAAAUGUUUAAAAUCUAUUAAAUUUUGAACAAAGCUUAUGAAAUUAAAGCUCUUUUAACCACCCUACAAAACCCUGAUAAUGAUGAGAAGCAGCUCAUAACAACUGAGUGACAUUAAGGUCACUUAAAGCAUUUCAACAUGACCACUGUAUUCUAAUAAAAUCUGUUUUGUUUUUGUUUUUUUUUUAUAAAGGCAGCAUCAUCUGACAAAAUCACCUUUCAGGUAACUCAGCGUCUGUGUGGUUAAUUUGGCUGCAGUUAGAUGCAUGAUGAUCUACAGAGAAAAUCAAAAGCUUUUUACUCAGUCCACAGCAUCACAGCAUCGAGCACCCCUGUGUAUGUUUACUCUAAUGCUAUUAUAAUAUUCCCCCAAUAACUGGAAGUGAAGUGUCUGCUCACCGAAGUAAAGUGAGAAGUUUUUGUCGGUGGACUAUUCACCUCAGAGUCUGUUGACACUUUGAAUGUCAGGUUCACCAGCAGGAUUGUCUUCAUCCAAGUCUGUGGAAAGUUUUAUCUGUUACUGAAUUACCUGUGACUUAAAAUACUGCAAAAAAAAAAAAAAAAGAUGAGUACAUGGCCCA